UUCGGAAUCUGCCCCUUACUCCUUACUCAGCUCUUUUGUCAUAUUUUUUUUGCUUUUUAUGUUCUCUUCAAUCUGUUCAAUAAAAAAGAUCCUUUGGUUUGGAGUACAUUGCAAGCCUUCAUUUUCAACAAGACAAAUUAUGAUGAGCAGUGAAUUGGCUACUGGAAAAAAGGCUGCAGCUGUAAAAGCUGUUAAUGAUUAUGUACAGGACAAUCAGAGGCUUGGAAUCGGAAGUGGAAGCACAAUUGUAUUUGCAGUGGAAAGAUUAGCUGAAAGGGUUAAGCAAGAAAAGUUGUCUGUUAUUUGUGUGCCAACAUCAUUUCAAGCACGACAGCUAAUAAUUGACAAUGGGUUAACUCUUGGAGACCUGGAAACAGUACCUGAGCUGGACAUAGCCAUUGAUGGUGCUGACGAGGUUGACAAAAACUUAAACUGCAUAAAAGGAGGAGGAGGGUGUCAAACUCAAGAGAAAGUUGUUGCUGCUAGUGCGAAGACCUUUGUAGUGAUUUGUGAUUAUAGCAAGCAAUCAUCAUUUCUUGGGGAAAAGUGGAACAGAGGGCUGCCAAUUGAAGUUGUCCCGUUUGCCUACAAGCCAGUCAAGAUCAAGCUGGAGAAGAUGGGGGGAACAGCUGAAAUUAGAAUGGCCAAACAAAAAGCUGGCCCUGUCGUCACAGAUAAUGGAAACUUGAUACUAGAUUGGAAAUUUGUUGCUGCAAAGGAGACUGACUGGAGUCUAGUAGCCAGAAAUCUUUCUCAGAUUCCAGGAAUUGUAGAGACCGGUUUGUUUCUAAACAUGGCCUCUCGUGUGUACUAUGGUAACGCAGACGGGUCCGUAAAUGUUGUGGAUAAGCCUGCCGGUUAAACCUGCCAACUAAUCAACUCAUAGACAUGGACACUAAUUCAAUGAUUUUAGUUUGUGUGGUGUACCUAGCUUUGCUGUCUCCACUGUGUACUCCUAUAUGCAUGGUUCACUGAGCUAUUGAAGCAGAUGUGAACGCUUCAUUGUUCCAUCAAUGAUCAUUGGCUCAACGCUAUUGUAAUACUCACUAUGAUUGCUAUUCCUGAA